AACAAGAAACAGAAGCUGGAGAAGGACGCGAAGUCGCGGGUGCCAUUGCGGCCUCUUGGGUCAACUCAGCUGACGGCUUCUCUCCUGGACGAUGCGAGCAAGGAUGAUGAGGAGAGACGUCUCGAGUCAAUGCUCUUUGGAACUAAGUAUGCCCCCACCCCGCAAAACGAGGACCAUAUCCUUAUGGUCUCGGAUGAAGAACUCGAGGAGGUUGGAGGAGGACAAGAGCUACAGAAUCUAAUGGACACAGACCUCUUCUUUGUAGACGACGCUCAGGGAGCUCCCUCUGAUGAGCAACCUUCGUUGGACUUCGCCAAAGACAUGGGAGAGCAGUCCGAAGUAUCCGACGCGGAAGACAAAGAGGAGAAAUCUGAGCAGGAGAAUGCAAGCGAACAGUCAGAAAAUGACGAGGAGCUCGUAGAACCGGAGCCUGUUGCAUCGACAUCUACAAGUCGCAAGGCUCCCGCUUGGAUUGAUUCAGACGACACAAACAUCUCCGUGUCCUUGGCAGACAACGCUCGCCUUCGCAAGCUGCGGGACACCCCUUCGGACAAUGUUGUUGGCGGGCGAGAAUACGAACGACGCCUGCGUCGACAGUUUGAACGUAUCAAUCCCACACCAGAUUGGGCACAGAAGGCGAGGAGCAAGCUACAUCCGACAAGGCAAAAGCGACGACGACUGUCGGUCUCUUCCGAUGAGGAGGAGAAGAUGCAAGAGGAUGAGGCACUGGGCGACCUCCUUGGUGACACUGGCGGGAUCCUUGGUCCAAGACCAAAGAAGCUUGCGCCUGGUACGCUUUCAAUCGAGCGAUUGCGGGACGCGAACCUUGCUGCUCCAUCCGAAGGAGCUAUCAAGGCUGUUCAGUUUCAUCCUUCUGCUCAAAUACCUGUGCUGCUUACCGCGAGCGAGGACCGACGACUACGAUUCUUCAACGUUGACGGACACACAAACCCACACCUCCAGACUGUACAUAUCCCAGACCUUCCUAUCACCACCGCACUUUUUCACCCAACCGGCACAAACGUCCUACUCACUGGCCCGCGACCAUAUUUUUACACGUACGACCUGCAGUCCGGCUCGGCAUCACGCUCACCGCGUGGCCUUUGGGGCACGACGUUCUCUGGUGAUCAGAUGAAGGAGGGUAGCAUGGAAAUUUGUGCCUUUAACCCGACGGGAGAGGUUUUGGCCGUCGCAGGACGGAAGGGGUACGUGCAUCUGGUCGACUGGCGGUCGGGCACGGGACAGGUCGUAGGUAGUGUCAAGAUGAACUCGGUGGUGAAGGGCGUAUGGUGGGCACGGGGAGGGGCUGGUGCCGAACUGAUGAGUUUGGGGGAGGACGCCGAGGUGUAUGUCUGGGAUGUUGGCACGAGGAGAUGUACCAAACGAUGGAAGGACGAGGGAGGAUUUGGCGCUACGACAAUUACCGGAGACCGAGCAGGCCAGUAUCUUGGCAUUGGAUCUCGGCACGGUAUUGUGAGCGUGUACGGCUCGGAUGCUGCCCCAACGUCGGAUUCAAAGCGACCAAAACCUCUAAAGACUAUCGGCAACCUCACGACGUCUAUCUCAUCUGUGAAGUUUAACCACGAUUCUCAGCUUCUCGCCAUCGCUAGCAAUACCAAAAAGGAUCAGAUGCGCAUAAUCCACCUCCCAUCGCUCACAGCAUACUCCAACUGGCCGACGUUCGGCACGCCUCUUGGCCAUGUCACGAGCAUCGAUUUCUCCACUGGCAGCGAGUACGUCGCGAUUGGCAACAGCCGCGGACGUGCUUUGUUGUACCAUCUCAGAGAUUUCGCGCAGCAAUGACCGUUGCGGGACGAGAAGUGGUGUUCUCGGCCUUAGACUCCCCUCUUAGCCAGUUUCAAUGCAGCUAUGAUCCCUUCGGUAGCUUGACUUGAAACGUGCAUUGGGGGAGCGUAGUAAUCUCCGGCACAACGACUG